GGACGAAGCCUCGCAGUCGAGAGUUCCGCUUCCUUGCCCGCGAGCUCCCGGGGCCCUUUUCCCCAUUCCCGUCGGAGCGGCGCCGGCGGCGGCCAGCGGACGUCCGGCCAUGUUCGGCCUCCGGAGAAAGGCGGUGAUCGGCCUCAACCUGUACUGUGGCGGCGCCGGGCUCGGGGCGGGCAGCGGCGGCGCGUCCCCCGCGGGAGGAGGACGGCCGGGGGCGGCGGCGGCCGACGAGGCGAAGGAGGCGGCCAAGGCCCGGCGAGAGGCCGGCGAAGGGGAAGCGGGGGCCCCGGCCGCCCCGGUAGCCGACGCGCGGAGGGUGGCGCGGCCCACGCCCAUUGGCGCCGAGGCCCGCGACGUCACCGCGACCCCCGAGAGGCUGCUGGCGUUGGCGCCGCCGCCGCCCGCCGACAUGGACGCGCCGGCCGCCAUCAUGUCGCCCGAAGACGAGCUGGACGGCUACGAGCCCGAGCCUCUGGGGAAGCGGCCCGCCGUCCUGCCGCUGCUGGAGUUAGUCGGGGAGGCCGCCAAGAACCCCGGCACGGACGGCUCGUUGCCGUCGACGCCACCCCCGGCCGAGGAGGAGGAGGAGGAGGAGGACGGGCUGUACCAGCAGUCGCUGGACAUCAUCUCUCGGUACCUCCGGGAACAGGCCACGGGCUCCAAGGACGCGAAGCCCAUGGGCGGGGCGGGAGCCGCGGGCCGGAAGGCGCUGGACACCCUGCGCCGGGUCGGGGACCGCAUGCAGCGCAACCACGAGACGGCCUUCCAAGGCAUGCUUCGGAAACUGGACAUUAAAAACGAAGAUGAUGUUAAAUCUUUGUCUCGAAUGAUGGUCCAUGUUUUCAGUGACGGCGUAACAAACUGGGGCAGGAUUGUGACUUUAAUUUCUUUUGGUGCCUUUGUGGCCAAACAUUUGAAGAGCAUAAACCAAGAGAGCUGCAUCGAACCAUUAGCAGAAAUUAUCACAGAUGUUCUUGUAAGGACAAAACGGGACUGGCUAGUCAAACAAAGAGGCUGGGAUGGGUUUGUGGAGUUCUUCCAUGUACAGGACCUAGAAGGGGGCGUCAGAAAUGUGCUGCUGGCAUUUGCGGGUGUUGCUGGAGUAGGGGCUGGUUUGGUUUAUCUGAUCAGAUAGCCCUGUCAGUGCAAUAGUGGACUCCUAACCAGCUGCAGCCUCCAGACCCACAUGCUGCUGUGAACUCGUGUAUGUGUGAAGCUGUUCAGGCUUUAAUAACCCAAGAGUUCCGCUCUUCUAGCCAGAAAGCCAGCGGCUGUGGCUAACAAGAAUAAAGGCAUGAGACAAGUACUCCCCCUUGAAGAAUUACUGUCUGAAAGAAGCAAGCUAACUCUCGGCAACAAGCAAACUUUGGGAUGCCACAGAGGGCGGCGGGCUUAUAGAUUUAAUGAAGGUGCGUGGGUGGAACGGUGUUACUUGUCUAGAACCACAGUAGUGGCCAGUAGCCAGUCUAGUCAUAGAAUUCAAGAAAUGUGCCCAGCAGACGCAUCGCUUUUCUGUCAGGUUAAAAUAGAAGCACUAACAAAGGCGGUGAGUGAGGUGUGUACCAUGGAUGUAAGCUACAAGUAACCAAACUAUGACUAGAAGCCUCAGUACUGUACCAGUAUGUGAAGGGAAGCUUUUUCUCUCUGUAAUUAGCUUUCCCAGCUAUACUUCUUGAAGACAAAGUCCAAGUGUUCAGGACUUUUAAACCUGUUCUACUUUGGCUUGGUUUAGUUCAUUAGCCAAGAAUUACUUGACUCAAGGUUCAUUAGACAGGCUGAAUAUCCUCAAUUUUUAAGACAGAAACAACUUGUAAAUUUUUUUGCCUGUAAAAAUUGUAUAUAUUUAUACAGAAAGUCUAUUUCUUUGAAUAUAAAGAGAGCUAACUCUCUGCUUUAGUUUUUCUCAUGCCCUUUUGAAAUUUGCAAGUUGGAUAUCUAUUUCUUACAGCUUUUCUAAAUUUUGUCAUGACCAGUUCUAGAAUAUAUACAGAAUCAGUUAUAUAUGUAGCCUGGUUGUAAUGGAAUAAAUCUGACUCACAACUAUGUAGGCUUAAUUUUCCAAUCUGGUUUUGGUAAGUAUCUAAAGAUCAAGGUAGAUGAAAGACGUUUGAUCCCAUUUGUUUAAUAAAUUGUAAAAUGCCUUGGGAAAGCAGGAAAAUGCCUUGGGGAAAAGCAGGCUAAACUCCCUAACCAUGGUGCUAUUUAUGAGUUUUGCUUGUUGAAACGCAGGUUUGAGCCUGGUCCUGAUAUUGUCAAUAAAACAAAUAUUUAAUAUUUCUUUUCUGCUAAUGAUUCCCAAGCUUUGUUUUCAAUUGUUGUAUUGGCCUCUCUGGAUUUCAAACCUGGUAUACUAUUUUGAACGUAACCCUUUAUUUUGUACUGUCAUUCCUUGACAUGUUUGCUUGUUUUUUCUGCCCUUCUGAUUCUACAUCAUCAUUUUGCCUUUCCUGAACUCUUACUAGCCAUUCAUGUUUUCUGCACUGUGACCCACCCUACAGGAAGCCUGAGUAAUCUUCCUCCUACCCCCUGGAGCCAGCAGACCUUCCUUUUUCAUGAGCCUUGUCUUGUUAGGAGCCAUUUACACCUCUUCUCCCAUUGUGCCAUGACAGGAGCAGCCCUGGGGAUGGAUGGGAGGAAGUCCCUGUCCCUUGAGUUGGCAUCUUCAGGUGUUGAUUUAUCCUGUCUUUGCUUCCGUGCCCUGUUGGGAAUUUUCAGAAGUGGGAGCUGCAUCUUAGGUGGCUUUCCCUAAAGUUUGAAUGUGCUCACUGAAAUUUAGAGAAAGGUGGGCUCUCUUAAGCCUCAGUACAUAAAAGCUACUGGCAAACCGAAGAAAAGCUUGAUUGAACUGUCGUCCUUUGAAAGCUGCAGCUUCAGAACCUGACCUUUAGUGUGGACUGCAGAUGAAAUAAGCCUGACGAGGAAUGUAAUGGGGAAGAACCGCCACCGCAGAGCCAUCCUGUCGUCUUGCUGGAGCCAGUUGUCCUUAUGUGUUCACCGUGCUUAACCAUAAACCGCGAAUUUACGCCAUGUUUGUCUCGUCAAGAUCUGAAAGCACUUUAUGUAGUUUUUAAGUCCUAGAAAUGUUUGAGGUGACUAGAAGGCCCUGUUCUCUCCAUCCAUAUCCAGUUGUAGAAAUAAGCACAGAGAUACAAAUUGGUGUUUAGUAGGAGCCCACCUCCCAUCUUGCUAGGCGUGAGUGACUGCUGAAAUCUAGGCUCUUGUUUGUUGUCUUGGGACCAGGGCCACGAGGGCUUAGGGAGCCCAACUGCUUUGUGGAAGGUGGUUAAUAGGGAGAAGAGGCACAAGGUCUGAGUGCCAACUUGCACUCCCUCCAGAGUGGGGGUGCCUGCUUGUGAAGAUGGCUCUCAGCAGCUGUUGUCUUACACUUCUCUCAGGGAAAGCACGCAGGCCUCCCGCGUGCGCGCACAUCGAGCUGGUGAACACCUUCGUUCUGGUAGAACAGCUAGCGUUUUUGACAGCUGUGCCAGAAGGGUCGGGACCAACUGAAAAUAGGGGUUGUAAAGUGUAUUCCCCUAACUUCCUGUGUUUCCUGAGGGGAAAAAAUAAAUCAUUUUCAAAUGCAA